AUGAGUCAGGGUAUGUGAUGUUGCUGCUCCCGCUGCCAUUUCAUCAGCAGCAACAUUUAUUUCGUUUAGCUUCCUUCAAAAACACAAAACGAGAUAAGGAGAGGUGUGAAAACAAAACUAACCUUCAGUAUUUAGCCAUAGGUCUAUCACAUUUUACAGUUGUGUGAUUUUAAAACAACAGUGUAGACCUAGGCUAUCAUUCACAAAUGAUAGCGUUCUGGGGAGUAAAGCGUGCUGUGAAUUUUUCUAGGGAGUCAUUAAUAGACCGUUAUAAAGACAUCACAACGGAGACCCGUUAGCAGAUUUCCGCAGGGCAAUUGUAAACUGCUCUUCAUGCGUUGCUGUGAGACGUUCUUUCUGGCGUUUGUUCUACGAAAGCUUCUCAAUGCAAUGGAACCUGCAGCAAUCGGGUUCUGAGCCGCGCAACCAAACCACAAGCUAGACAGCAGUCACCAUGGAGGCGAUAUGGUUGUACCAGUUCAGACUCAUCGUCAUUGGGGACUCGACGGUGGGGAAAUCGUGCCUGAUCCGGCGGUUCACGGAGGGAAGGUUUGCCCAGGUGAGUGACCCGACGGUCGGAGUGGAUUUCUUCUCUCGCCUGGUGGAGAUCGAGCCAGGGAAACGCAUCAAGCUACAGAUCUGGGAUACCGCGGGACAGGAGCGCUUCAGGUCCAUCACCAGAGCCUACUAUCGUAACUCAGUGGGCGGGCUCCUCCUGUUUGACAUCACAAACCGCCGUUCCUUCCAGAAUGUUCAUGAUUGGCUAGAGGAGGCCCGGAGCCACGUCCAACCACACAGCAUUGUGUUCCUAUUGGUCGGCCACAAGUGUGACCUGGAGCCUCAGCGCCAGGUAACUCGUCAGGAGGCUGAGAAACUCGCCGGCGCCUAUGGGAUGCGUUACGUAGAAACUUCGGCCCGCGACGCCAUAAACGUGGAGCACGCCUUCACGGAGCUGACCAGGGACAUCUUUCAGCUGGUGAAGAGCGGUGACAUCACUAUCCAGGAGGGCUGGGAGGGGGUGAAGAGCGGCUUCGUUCCCAACGUGGUCCACUCCUCCGAGGAGGUCACCAAGAGCGACCGACGCUGCCUCUGCUGAUCUAGAGGGAUCUACUAGAUCCAACUAGAUCCCUGACUCGAGUCUGGUUUCCCUUAGGUCCUCCUGAACUUGCACCCAGAUCAAUUUCAGCUAUCUAGUCUAGCCAUUUGCCUCUACUGAUCUGCAUCUGAAUGGAGGGAUCCCACCCACAACUAGAUCCCUGCCUGGUUUUCAUUUGAUCCUCCAUGGUCCUCAAAGGUGUCCACUUUUCAGAGUGAUCUGCUAUCUGGAUGGAUGAUGGAUCCCUUCCCUACAAACACCUGGUUAAUACCUGGUUUCCCUUUAGGUCAGGGAUGGGCAACUUUGAUGGGGGUGGGGGCCACAAAAAAUCUGAACUCAUCAUGAGGGGCCGCAGUGGCUCACGGGUCUGUGUACCCACAUCCAUACCCACACCUGUCUCUGAUUUGUACAAUCAAUCUAUUUGUGCAGUUAAACUACUUAACUGUUUUAACUAAAUGCAUUAUACCAGUAGCUAGGGCCGUCCCUAGCCUUUUGGUGGCGUUAAGCGAGAUUUGGUUGGCAUCCCCCUACCUCACAUGUAAAACAUUUUACUGGCCCCCGUCUUGACGGAGGAGAGAAAAAAGUACAUUUCCUGCAAUUCUACACAUUUUGCCAUGGUGCGGAGGGAAAAGGUGUGCCAUUUCAUAACAAAUUCAAGCAAUUCUACUCAUUUUGCCAAGAGGCAGAGAUAAGAAUUUGCAGUUUUACAGCUAAUUUCUUGCAAUUCUAUCCAUUUGGCCAUGAAGUGGAGAUACAUUUUUGCAGUUUUAAAACGAAUUUCCUGCAAAUCUACACAUUUUGCCAUGACUUAUGCCAUGUUAAUAUGAUUAAUGAGUGAGAGUGACUAACAAAAUCAAUUGGGCCCCCCUGGAGGUCAAGGCCCCUGGGCAUGUGCCCUGCAUGUCUGGUCGGUGUUCGGCCAUAAGUACAAUUUUUAUAAAAUAACUGUUAGCUGACAUAGCUGAUUGAGUGACUGUCAGUGACUGACUUAAGAGAAAAUUUGCUGAUGCACAACCACAUUUCAAAACUGCGCCAUGUGUAUUCUACUAUUCUAACUCCCAACUGUAAGUUGAGACCCAGACUGAGUUCCUAAAAAAAAACAUGGCCCAUUCCUGCUUUAGGUAAUUCUUUGAACUGCACCCAGAUGUAUUACAGCUCUCUCGUCACCUGCUACCCCGAUCUCUUCUCUUCCACUAUGCAAUCCGAUAACACAAUUGAUACGACCAGAAGGCAUCACACAUCCCCUUAGAAGGCCAUAUUGGCCCAUAAAACCUAUCUGAUUCAGUUGUUCAAAGGAGACUGAGGAGGAGGGUCUCAGUGUCUCUUACUUUCCCCUUUUGGGAAAUGAAGUCUGGUCCCAUACUCAAACUCUGUGGUUCUAUACCUACUUCUCCCAUCAUCGAACUAACACUCCAAUCCUCACCCUUCUCCAUUAACCAAUGCCAUAUUGGACCUUAUGGACACUUGGAAAGGGACUGAAUGUAAGGGAACGACUGUUUGACUCUGACCUUACAAGUGGACAAAGGGACUCCAGGGUCGUAUUCACUACACACCAAGUGGAAGAAAAUGCACUGAAAUGGGGAGGGAAAAUAAGAUAGAAUUGUUUUUGUUUCAAAACGUUUUGCUCUGGUGUGCACUAACGAAUACGACCCAAUAAAAGGCGAACAAUAAGAUACUGGGCACACCUGAGGCCGACACUACCUGUACAUUUUACCUGAACAUUUAACAGUCCCCUUUAAGACUAGCCUAUCUCUGAGUGAUUCCAGAAUCUAGCUGAGGAAACCAUGGUAACAGUGGAGAGACAGGAAGCUGGGAGAACGCACCCUAAAAACACUACAUUACCUAUAAUUCCACAUCUGCAGGCAUCUACAUUACACAUAUUAAUGAUACAGUACAACAAGUAUGGCAACAGACAUGUGCAUUCAAUAUCUCAAUAUCAAUCAGUCUAGAAAUAAGGAUAUUCUUUCCAUAAAUAAUCACAUUAUCUUUCGAUAACGUUAUCCUGAAUGACCAUACUGUUGUGUUGAAAGUCAUACUUUAGUUGGACGCACUGGAUGUAAGAACAACGUUUCUGGUUUGGUAACUGAGAAAUGAAAUGCUUUGGCACAAUAGGUGCCAAAGGAAACAAAAGAUGUGCUACAUAUUCUUUUCAGUUCAAGAUGUUUUGUAGCCACUGUGUUCAAGGUCAAUCUCUUUGUCAUCAGCGCUACAAGCUACUUCCUGCUAUCAGAUCAUCAGAAUCCAAAACUUUGAUUCUUUCUUCUCUACCCUGAGUAAUAAUAACUGCAAGGAUGAACUGCUAUCAUCCACUUUAUCCAAAGAUAGUUUUGGUAGCACCAUUUAAUGUGAAUGUAACAUUGUAGGGAAAGGGGGAGUUGACAGUGUGCAAAAGCACUUUCAUCUAAAAGUUUAUCGCUGACAAGGAGGACAGGAUGGGAAAUGUUCUCAAUCAUUUAUUACAAUAAAGGUGACAUCUUGCAGGGCCUUGACAAGUGA